UCAACCUCUCUCCCACAAUCCAACGUACGCAUUGUUGACCUUCUCACCAUGGCCGCUCCUGCGAAGCUCCGUGUUGGUAUCAUUGGCGCUGGCGAAGUAACUCAGGUCAUUCAUUUGCCUGUUCUUAGCCUGCUUUCUCAUCUUUACUCGGUCGAAACCAUCUGCGAUAUCUCUCGCAAGAAUGCGGAACACUGUGCCGCCAAAUUCCAUAUCCCCAAGUCCUGUACCGAUCCGAACGAAGUCAUUAACGACCCUGCCGUCGACGUCGUCUUCAUACUCACCUCGGACGAAUAUCAUGCGCCCUACACCAUCUCCGCAUUAAAGGCCGGCAAGCGCGUCAUGAUCGAGAAGCCACUUACAUUGUCGCUACCUUCUGCCCAGAGAAUUGCGGAAGCAGAUAAGGCGGCAGGUGGAUCACGAGUCUUUGUAGGGUACAUGAGGCGGUACGCGCCUUCUUUCACGCAGGCCUUUACAAGAGAAAUUGCAUCCAUCCCGCGGAUUUUGUACGCGAGGGUUCGCGACUUCAGUGGGCCGAACUUACAAUUCGUCUCGCAGUCAGGGACUUUCCAAGUAAAGAAUACGGACUUCCCUGAUGGUGCUGCUGAGGAACGAGAGAGGCUUUUGGGGGAGCUGUUUGCAGAAGCUUUCCCCGGGAAAAAGAUCACAGAGGAGCGGAAAAAGAUGUGUAGGUUCCUUGGAAGCCUUGGUUCUCACGACAUCUCUAUGAUGAGGGAAGCUUUGGGCUUCCCAGAGUCGGUCGGUGGUGUAUCAGUCAAUGAGCCGUUCUACUCCGCCAUCUUCAACUUCCGAAACAAGACUGGUGAGCCUUUUGCGGUCACGUAUGAAAGCGGCAUUGAUGCUGUUCCUGAAUUUGACGCGCAUCUUGCCGUGUACGGAGAAAACAAACGCGUCUCAAUCCAUUAUGAUUCUCCCUAUGUUAAGGGUCUGCCAAUCAAAGUUCGGAUAGAGGAACUCAAUGAACAUGGCGAAAUUCAAUCCAGGGAAGUCCUCACUUCAUACGAGGAUGCCUACACGGCUGAAUUGAAGGAAAUGCAUGCAUGUUUUGUUGACGGCAAGAAAAUCAAGACCACCCCAGAGGAUGCUCUUCAAGAUCUUCAGAUUUUCGAUAUGAUGUACAAAAAGCAUGAUGAGACUGCUAGUCUCUAAGAUAGGGUGGAUAUGCGGCACCCGUUCCCGAAUUGCCAAUAGUACUACAGCCGUUAGUAGUCAAAUAGUAGGAUGUGAAGUCGUAAGCGUACAGCUAUGGCUUUCAUAAUAGCAGCUUGAUUCGCUGGUUAGAUUACAUGAGAAUAGAGAUCGC